CACAAAACAGUAACAAGUGGUUGUUUAACACGUUAACCGCCAGCGUGCAUUAUUGGAACUUCCCCCUAGCGCCAAGACUUCUACGCGCCAAAACGUCUCAGUUGGUCAGGAACAGCUGCAAGGGAAGACCCACUAAUGGAAACUGGACGAUUUUAUGGCAGACGAAGAAAAGAAUCAUCUUCUGAUGAUAGUGAUGAUGAGAGCAUUGAGCCUCCACAGCAUGAAACAAGUUCCAGUGACACUGAUUCAGAUUCGGAUGAUGGUACCAAUUCUAGAAACGAAGGAACACUGGACCCACAAGUACAUUCAGAAUCAAGUGCAUCAGCUGUUCUACCCACAGUGGAGUCUAAUGGUACUGAUCAUCCCCACGCUACUGAAAGUUCAUGGCACGAUGUCACAGCUAAAAACAGAGGUUUUGUUUGCACAGCGCAAGAACAAAGACACUAUACCUUGGUGAAGGAUGGUGAAAUUGAGCCUUUGGAUGUGUACAAAAUUUUCUUGACUGACGAAGUUAUUGAUCUCAUCAUCACUGAAACAAAUAGAUAUUUUGAUGAUACUGCAUCUGAAAGCCCAAUCACACGGUGUUCCAAGAUGAAAGAUUGGAAGCCAGUGAAUGCCGAAGACAUCAAGCAGUUUCUAGGUAUUUUGAUUGUGAUGGGCUUGAAUAGGCAGCCAGAAAUUGAAAGUUAUUGGUCAAAAAAUAAGAUGUAUGGUGUAGAGAUUGUAAAAAAUGCAAUGCCAAGAAACAAAUUUGAGUUGAUUCUACGAUUUUUGCAUUUUGCGGACUACAGUCAAGCAGACGAGAGCGACCGAUUGUACAAAUUGCGACCAUUGAUUCAGUUGUUAUCCCAAAGCUUCGAAAAGUACACACCAGACGAGAAUGUUGUCAUUGAUGAAAGCCUUGUUUUGUUUCGGGGCAGAACAAUAUUACGACAGUACAUUCCUAACAAGAAGCACAAAUACGGUUUCAAGUUCUACAAGUUGUGCUCAGUAGAGGGAUACACUUGGAGAUUCCGCAUCUAUACUGGUAGAGGAGAGGCCUCUGGAAACUUGAUGCAUUCAGAGUACAUUACGCUAUCACUCAUGGAAGGCUUACUGAGAGAAGGCAGGACGCUUUAUGUAGAUAAUUACUACUCUUCUGUUGCAGUAUCACGGUUGCUACUAGAAAAAUCAACCUACGUGUGCGGAACACUGCGAAAAAAUAGAAAAGGACUUCCUAAAAGUGUAACACAAGCAAAAUUGAAAAGAGGUGAAGUAACUGGCAAAGAAAAUUCUGAAGGUAUCAAGGUUGUGAACUGGAAAGAUAAAAGGAAUGUAUUGAUGAUGACAACAGUUCCAGAACAUACCGCAAGCAAAGUAAAAACUGGCGUGAAAAAACGUGGCACCGAAAUAGAGAAGCCACAAUGUAUCUUGGAUUAUAAUUCUGCCAAAAAAGGAGUAGACUAUUCUGAUCAGAUGGCCUCCUAUUAUUCACCCCUAUGUAAAGUUUGAAAAUGGUACAAGAAAGCCGCAUUUGAACUGCUAUUGGGAACUGCAAUGGUCAACUCAUACAUCCUUUUCAACAAAUUUCAUACCAAGAAACCCUUGUCGAUGAAAGAAUUCCGAGAAUCUAUUGCUCACUCACUCAUAACAGGAAACUCGAACAAAACGAACCCAGGACGAGAACCAGCUGUUAUAGGUGGGAAGAGAAACUCUCAUUACCUUGUUGAAUUGGAGGGUCAAUGUCGGAAUGUAAGAAAAAGAUGUAGAGACUGUUACGAGGUGCUGUCGAAAAAUGAAGGCUGCUCAGUUGCAGCUGCAAAAGCAAGAAGAGUGAAAACAGUCUGCCUCCAAUGUGAAAAUAAGCCACAUUUAUGCCCUGGUUGUUUUGAAAGAACCCACUCUCACAUGUAAUGGCUGAUGUCUAAUGCUAUUAUUGGUUCAUGGUUAAUUUUUCAAAAGGUAAUUUCACUAAUUAUGAUCACCAAUUUAUGCGGAUUAUUUGUAUUAUUUGAAGAAUUUCCUUUUUUACCAUUGAAUUUAAGGUUUGAGGAAGCGACUGAUUUA